AUGACGACGACACGCGACCAUUUAGUUUUUACCCUCGAAAUUGAAGAGAACGAAAAUAAGAUCGAUGAGAAGACGUUUAGAUAUUUUCAAUUAAAUUCAAUAUUUUCAUCAGCAAAGAACGGCACAGGUUUUAAAGAAUUAAUUUCAAUGCGAGAACUUGAAUUUAAUCGACUGGCACCACAACAGUUUUGUAGAGCGAUACAAAAAGAAAGUGAGCAUGAUGACAGCAAUAAACGAUAUCAAUUAAUGCUUGAGUUUUGA